AUGGGCAUCAAAGGCAAGCGAAAACAACAGCGCCGCCAACAACAACACCAACAAAUUCAACUCCAAGAAAACACUGCAGACCUUGAAAUCUCAAGCGCAGAAUCUUCAACUUCAGCUUCAAUUCCUUCUUCCUCUAGCUCAACCUCAACCUCAACCUCAACACCAGAAUCAGAAAUGUCUACAAUCCGCUCCCUUCUUCUUUGCUCAAUCGGCAAUCCAGGAUCUCUUCUCACAACCCGCCAUUCAGCGGCUCAUAUCCUCCUCCCACAUCUAACCACAACUCCUCUCUCCCUAUCCCGCCCUCACGGCGGCCCCACAGCCUCGGGUCCAUCAGGUUCAACCUAUACCACUCAAAUCUUCCAAUCAACAUCCUACAUGAAUGUGUCCGGCCCAGCAGUCUCAAAGGCUUGGAGACUAUUCAAAUCUUCUCCAUCAAAUCCUAAUCCGACAUUAAUUAUUCUUCACGAUGAACUUGAAAAACCUGUUGGGAAGGUCAAAUAUAAGAAAGAUGGGUCUGCGGGAGGACACAAUGGCUUAAGUUCUAUAAGGGAUAGUCUGGCUGGACAGAAGACUACAAUACAUAAAAUUGGUCUGGGAAUAGGGCGACCGGAGAGCAGAGAUAAAAAUGUCGUGGCGGAGUAUGUUCUGGGGAGAAUGUCGAGUAGGGAGAAGGAUCUCAUGAUUGAAGAGGCUCUUCCUGUCGUCUUGCAGAUGAUCGAGGAUAUCGGAACUGGCAAGUUGAAGUAA